AUGGAGACUUCAGCAGCGGGGCUGGCCAGGGCAGGGUACCCAUCGCUCUACCCCUUCCCCCCUCUCUGCUCCUCCAAACCCAGCCACCAGCGCAAGACUUUCACCAUAGACUCCCUGCUCUCCGCCUCGGGGACAUCGGCUUCUGCCACCUUCCAGAGCCAAGGCUUGGCUUGCUGCCCGGCCGCGGGCUGUGUGCUGGGGUCUACACUGGCCCGGGCUCCGGCCGCUGUCUACCCGAGCCUGCUCUACCCACCGGCCGCCCACCCCGUCUACUAUGCACCACCCUUCCUCUACCGGCCAGCGACUGACGCCUGCUCACUCACACACUGCCCGCAUGAUUACCCACUGGCCAAGUCUCCGUUCUCCACGAGGCAGAAGCAGGGCAGGGCCAAGCGUGCCCGCACCAUCUUCACCCACGAGCAGCUGGCCCGGCUGGAGAAGGAGUUUGCCCGCCAGCAGUACAUGGUGGGCUCAGAGAGGUUCAUCCUGGCAUCCACACUCCAGCUCAACGAAUCUCAGGUGAAAGUGUGGUUCCAGAACCGGAGGAUCAAGUGGAGGAAGCAGAGCCUGGAGCAGCAGCAAGCAAACCUGGCCCGGCUUGGCAUGGCCGACACGCAGCCCCGAGCCGACUCUCCCAGCGCCCGGCACGGAUCCGGGAGCCCCAGGGAACGCCGCGCCGACCCUCACCCCCUCACCCCGCCGGCUGAGAGCAGCCACUGA